AUGGAUAUCAUGCAGACAAGUGACUCUUCACAUCAUGGAAUUGUAGAAAACAGCCCUUACAGAACUCCCUAUGGUAGACACGUGGAAAGUGGCAACCUUGGUGGUUCAUGGUAUUUUAGUAGAAAAGAAAUCGAGGAGAAUUCCCUUUCAAGGAAAGAUGGCAUUGAUCUGAAGGAGUCUUACCUUCGCAAGUCAUACUGCACCUUUCUUCAAGAUUUUGGGAUGAGACUUAAAGUGCCUCAAGUGACAAUUGCUACAGCUAUAGUAUUCUGUCAUCGUUUUUUCCUUCGUCAAUCUCAUGCCAAAAAUGAUAGACUGACAAUAGCCACAGUUUGCAUGUUCUUGGCAGGCAAAGUUGAAGAAACUCCCAGACCACUUAAGGAUGUCGUACUAAUUUCUUAUGAGAUCAUCCACAAGAAGGAUCCUGCCGCAGUUGCUCGAAUUAAGCAAAAGGAGGUUUAUGAACAACAGAAGGAGCUUAUUUUAAUCGGGGAGCGUGCUGUGCUUAUAACACUUGGUUUUGACAUGAAUGUGCACCACCCGUACAAGCCCUUGGUCGAAGCAAUAAAAAAAUUCAAGGUUGCUCAAAAUGCGCUUGCUCAAGUUGCUUGGAAUUUUGUCAAUGAUGGGCUACGUACUUCGCUUUGUCUCCAAUUUAAACCCAAUCAUAUUACAGCCGGCGCAAUUUUCCUUGCUGCGAAGUUCCUCAAAGUCAAGCUUCCAUCAGAUGGUGAGAAGGUCUGGUGGCAAGAGUUUGAUGUAACGCCGCGGCAGUUGGAAGAGGCCAGCAACCAAAUGUUGGAGCUCUAUGAGCAAAACCGUGUCGUGCCACCACCGUCCCAAGGGAAUGAUACCGAAUGCAGUUCUGCAAGUGUGGUUAAUCCACGUGCUGUGGGGAAGGCUCCUGGAGCUGCUGACGAGCGUCAUGCUCAUGGAAAUCAUCAAGCACCUAAACAGUCGAGCAUGGUAGGCCUCCCUGAGAAGCAAAACUCAAACCAGAGGAUACCCAAGGUGGAAGCAAAGGAUGGUAUUGCCAGCAGCAAUGAAGGCCCCAAUAUGUCAUCCUCAAUGGAUGCAAUGAAAAAGAUAGACAAGGAUAAAGUGAAAGCUGCGCUUGAGAAACGGAGGAAAUCAAAAGGUGAUGCCGGUAGAAAGGUUGACAUCAUGGAUGAUGAUGACCUGAUUGAGAGGGAGCUGGAGCAUGGAGUGGAGAUGGCUGUCAAGGAUGAGAAGAAACACGACAGAAGGCAGAGCUGGCCCCAGCCCCCGCACCAGAACGGUACUCGGACGGCAGAGAACGCCGAGGAGGGCGAGCUCUCCAUGGACAGUCAAGAGUACCUUUCCACCGUGACUGAGCUCGACGACCGGAAGAGGAAGGAUGUGUAUGACCACAGGAGUUAUGAUCACGGCGAGAGGGACCUUAAAAGGUACGCUGAAACUUUCGCCCUAUAUCAGGCUGUGUCCUUGGCAGAUCGAUCAGGAGUUUGGCGGGCAAUUUCUGACACCGACUGCCUUGUUUUGAAGCAAGCCAUUUCUUCCAAUGCCUACGACCUUGCGCCUCUUGGUGCCCUGUUUAGUGAUAUUAGGUUCAAGCUUAGAAACCCCUUCAUUGAGGCCAAAGUGUUGUUCAUGCACCGAGUUCAUGUAACAAACCAGCGCAUGAGCUGGCUGCUAUGGGUGCAGACUUAG